CUCUGGCUCAGUCGACACAUGCCAAAAGUGGAAAGUCUCCUCCAACGACUCUUCGAAGUCUUUUCCAGCACUGCUUAUGACCAGAUUAUUCCUAGCUGCUGCUAUAUCAACCUCACUUCUGUCGUAUUACCUUUCUUGCCACUUCACUCUAUCAUCUGGGGAUGACUGUGAGAGGACUCAUUGGUAUUUACUUCACUCCUAGGCUUUCCCACCUAUCUGGCCUUAUUUGAAAAGCCUCCUUGUUGGUAUAAGUUCUCCGCCCUUCUGUUUUCCGCUCCCUCCUCCAUCUUGUCUCAACAACUUCAAGAUCAACCUCAACCUUCCUCCAAUCCUUCUCUUCACCUUCCACGACUUACAUACCAUGCAGUACUCGGAGCUUUCGACAUGGUUCUUCCCAACUUUCGAGACAAACCAAGCUUUCAACUUCUUCUCAAGACUUUGAAAAGCUUGGAGGUCAAGCCGAGAUCUUGGGAUGACGAUUCGGCCAAGAGCUUGGUUGAUAGGCCAAUCUUAAGUGAAAGCACUGUCCAAGAGUUCCUUCUCGGGGUCUUCAAAACCGAUUUCUCGUGGUUUGAAGAUACUGAAGAUGAAGAUCUUGGUAUCGUCACUGCUCAAGAGCAGAUAGACGAGAUCGUCGACAUGGCUUCUCGACGACUGGCCGAGCGUUGUGGGCGCUCAGCAAGAGGUCAAGACACACGCACUUUUCGCCUUGAAGUUCCUCAGCACUGCGCUAACGACUUCGAGACACAACAGUCUACAGCCAAUAUCGAGUUGCAAAUUCGUGAGCCUCCUCUCACCGGUGAUAACUUAGGUCUGAAAACUUGGGGUAGUGCAUGGACAAUGGUACAGCUGCUUCCCCAAAUUGGCCUUCAACCAGCACUUCAAAGGCUAAUCGACCAGCCACGAUUUAGCAAGUCUAGAGUUGGCCUUGAAGGUCCUGAACUACAGGUGCUGGAACUUGGAGCCGGCACAGGCUUGGUCGGCAUGGCCGCCGCAGCCCUUUGGGGAGUCAACGUCGUCCUGACUGACUUGCCCGCGAUUCACGAGAAUCUGCGCUACAAUAUCGACAUAAACAUGCCUGCCAUCUCCCGUGUGAGUAACGGGCAUGCUUGUGCAGAGAUCCUUGACUGGAGUGAUCACGAAAAUGCCUUGCAUGGGUGGUCGUCCAAGGAGUUUGAGGUUAUCCUCGCCGUCGAUCCUCUAUACGAUGAUGAUCAUCCUCAAUUACUCGCCGAUACCAUCAAACAGUUCGCAAAACGUGGUAAAGUCACCGUCGUACUAACGGCGGUCCCUUUUCGAGACAAAACAACACAAUUGUUAUGCCUCGAGCUCGAAAGGCUCAUGGAAGGCAAUGGCUUCAAGAGCGACUACAAAGGAGAAAAUAUUUGCAGAGAUGAUUGGGAAUCGGCCAAUGCCAGAGAAGUCAUGGUAUCAUGGGCUCUUUGGUCGGGUCGCGAUGCAGAUCGAUGAUGUGGAUGAUUUGGUUGGGUGGAGUUCGGCUCGCGAGCACAUUCACGAGAAUACCCUCAACUUUACUCAUGUCGAGGCAAAUUAUUCACCUUUAACCCACGACGUGCUCACCACGAAAAUUUUUCAAUAUCCUAGCCUCGCUCAAAUUAUUCCCACCUUCUCCUGCAAAACUUCUUCCAACAACGACAA